AUGGUGAGGUUGAAACAACCAAGCCUGUCUCCUGACAGAGAGUCCGCGCCACACUGGAGGACCACGGCACUGGGCUGGUACAUCUCCAUCACCUUGGCCAUGAUCUUCACAGACGAGCACAGACAGCUCUCAAUGAUCCUUCCUAACAUUACACGUCUAUCUAUGCUGUCAAGAGCCAGGCGAGUGCAAAAGAAUUUGAGGAGCCAAAGAAAACGUAUACUUCAGCUACUUAACAGGCUUUUUGACUCACUUCAACAACUCCAGAAUGGCCAGGACGAUGUCGUUGACGUAACAAAACCCAGAAGCCUCUGA